AUGGGCGCCAAAGUUCCCCGAAACUUCCGACUGCUAGAAGAGCUCGAGAAAGGCGAGAAAGGCCUUGGUGCUGAGGCAUGCUCGUAUGGUCUGGACAAUGGAGAUGAUCUGUUGAUGUCGGACUGGAACGGGACCAUCCUUGGCCCUCCUCACAGCGUCCACGAGAAUCGUAUCUACAGUGUCAAGAUCCACUGCGGCCCCAACUACCCUGACCUCCCUCCCGAGAUUGCCUUUACCUCUAAGAUCAACCUGCCUUGCGUGGACCAGCGAAAUGGAAAGGUUGAUCCAACCAAGGUACCCUGCUUAGCUCAGUGGAAACGGGACUUCACCAUGGAGACCAUCUUGAUUGAGCUUCGAAGGUAUAUGGCUUUGCCACAGCACAAGAAGCUUCCGCAGCCUCCCGAAGGCACCACUUACUAA